UUAUACAUGAGCUUAGUAUAAAUUGCAUUGCUUUCAGAUUCUCUCAUUAUUCUCUUUGUCUCUCUCCUAACACCCUGCAAACACAAAAGAGGAGAGAGAAACAUGUAUAGGGAAAUAAGGAGUUUUGUUCGGGUUCUUGGGGCCAUUUUUGUGGGGUUUUCAUGUCUGUGCACAGCAAAUUCUGGGAAAUGGAAAGGGAAGAAACAGAUUUGCAAUUUAUAUGAUGGAAAGUGGGUUUACGAUGAAUCUUAUCCUCUUUAUGACUCGCGGGCAUGUCCAUCUAUUCGCAAAGAAUUCGACUGCUUGAAGUAUGGCCGUCCUGAUCAUCAGUACCUUAAAUAUAGAUGGCAACCAAAUGGUUGUGACUUACCCAGGUUUGAUGGUAAAGACUUUUUGAGAAGAUUAAAGGGCAAGAAAAUCAUGUUUAUUGGGGAUUCUGUGAGUCUCAAUCAUUUGCAAUCACUUUUAUGCCUUCUUCAUACUGCCGUGCACGGAUCAAACAUCAUACGGGAAACAAAUGACACAACUUCUAUUGUCACAUUUCAGGACUAUGGAGUUUCUAUUAUAUUAUUUCAGUCGCAUUACUUAGUAGACAUUGAAAUGGAAAAAAUUGGACGAAUAUUGAAACUCGAUUCUCUUAUAAAUGGAGACAUGUGGAAGCAAGCCGAUGUUUUAAUCUUCAACACUUGGCUUUGGUGGUACCGUAGAGGACCAAAACAACCGUGGGAUUACAUUGAAGAAAAUGGGAAAAUACUUAAGGAUAUGGACAGGAUGGUUGCUUUUCGUAAAGCUCUAAUGACUUGGGGAAAGUGGGUUGAGUCAGAUGUGAAUCCAAGUAAAACCAAAGUUUUCUUUCAAGGGAUAUCUCCAUCCCAUUACAAUGGGAUGGAGUGGGACGAGGAUGGUGUAACAAAUUGCGCCAAAGAAACAACACCCUUGAAUGGAUCGACAUAUCCAAGUGGCCUACCAUUGGCAUCGAAAGUUUUGAAGGAAGUUCUGAGUAGGAUUACAAAACCAGUGCAUUUGCUUGAUAUUACUACUCUUUCACAGCUGAGAAAAGAUGGACACCCGAGUAUGUAUAAUGGCUUCAGAGGCAUGGAUUGCACCCAUUGGUGUAUAGCCGGCGUUCCUGAUACAUGGAAUCAGCUUCUUUAUGCAGAAUUAGUUGGAGGAUUAUGGAUCCCUGCAUGGUAAAUUCUUUUAAAGAAAUGUCUACAAAGAAGUUAAACUAAUUACAUGAAGAUAUAUAUUAGGUGUGAUUUGGUACACCUUCAUAUAACAGUCUGAUAUUCAAUUUUUUUAACGUAUUCUAGAAAUUCUGAUUUAUUGAUAGCAUUUGAUGUAUAAUAAAUGGAUUUUUUGCGAUAUGUUGAAUUAUUGAUAUAAUAGAAAAUAUUGUUGAAA